AUGAUUCCAGGAUAAUUGGCAAUUACUUAGUUCACUUAGAUAAAUAAUAGCUUUGUAGUUGAUGUAAAUAAUCCUGCCAUAAUAACUUCAAUAGCCUUCUUCUUGAUGUAGCCCUUAGAAGAAGGUAUUGCUGCUUGUUUAUAUUAUUCCUAUCCUCCUUAUAGUCAACUCGAACUUUUAGGAGCAAUAGCUAAUGCUAGACCAUCAGAUAUAUUCUCAACUAGUUUUAGUCUUAAUCCUAAUACAAACAAACAAGCCUAAAUAAAGCUCGUGAUUCAACUCUAAUAGAUUGAUCCAAAUUUGUAAUAGAUGAUUCUGAUGUUACCUGAAAAACAGGGAUAUUAUUUUAUGGCAAUAGCCUAAAACUUAGACAGAUUCCUUUAAGAUUAUCCUAAGCAAAUAUACUAUAAUGAAAAAAAUUAAUAGAUGUUGGUUGUACCGACAAUUUCAUUAGAUAAAUGGCUUUAAAGAUUCACUGAUAAGUAUAACAUUGAUCCUAACUUUUUAUUUUGUUGA